AUGGAGGAGAAUAAAAUGUCCAAAACAAGUGAUAAAAUGCCACAAAUGAGUGGUGAAGUACCAGAAACAAAUGGUGAAUUGGCAGAAACAAGUGGUGAAGUACCAGAAACAAGUGAUGCACUACCAGAAACAAGUGGUGAAUUGGCAGAAACAAGUGGUGAAGUGCCGGGAACAAGUACCAAUGUUACGAAAAAGUGUAAAGCAAGAGCUAAGCACAUGUGCCCAUUUCCGUCCUGCAAAUCCUCUGUUGUCCAUCUACCUCGUCAUAUGAUGCUUUCUCAUGGCUGA